AUGGGCCAAAUAAAUUCAAACACAAGAAAUAAUAACAUUUUUAGGAGAAGAGGUACUACUGAUAAUGCAAAUGCAAGAUAUACUGAAGAAGGAUUAGAAAUAGAAAAUUUUCAACCAAAAAGUGAUGGAACUGUCUUUGGUUCACAUUUUUUAAUGGGUGGUGGAAUUUAUGAAUCUAUUAAACAUGAUAAUUUUUUAUUUGGUGAUUUAGUAGAUUUAGAACAUGUUGGUAGUAAACCAACACAUUUUCCUUAUGAAAUUCAACCCGGUCCUGAUACAAUUGCUACAUUAAAUACACUUGUCAACAUUCGUCGUAAUUCAAUUUGUUUUGGUAAAAAAAAAGAUAAAAAUAAUAGUGAUGUAUCUGUGGAAUUUAUUUUUGAUUGUGAUUCACCAUGCUAUGUUCAAAUUCAUUUUCAUGCUAAAGAAAAUAUUGAUGGUUUAGCAUUAAGUAUAAUGUAUGAAAAAAAUGAAAUAAUGUCAUCUAAAAAAUUUUAUUUUGAUACUGGUUCAAAUAUUUUAUUUAAUCAAUUUUCUUUUAAACCAGAUGACUAUAAUUUAAUUCCUGUAGGUAAAAAUUUUAAUGAAAAUGGUGAAACUAAUGAUAAUUCUUCAUCACCAUUUUCACAAGUUGUUAUAGAAAUAAGAAGUACAGGUGAAAAGAAUGAAAUUUCACAUAAUGAACAUGCACAAUUAACAUUUUGUAAUAUUGUUAAAUCUAACGAUAAAAAUUCAUUUUUAAUGUUAAAACCACAAAGACAAAAAUUAUUUGUAGAUGGUGUAUUGUAUUUGUUACAAGAAGUAUAUGGAAUUGAAAAUAAAGAAUAUGAAACAUCAAUGAUUGAUGAAAAUGGAAGUGAAUGCAUUAUUUGUAUGUCUGAUAUCCGUGAUACUGUCAUUUUACCAUGUCGUCAUUUAUGUAUUUGUAAUAAUUGUGCUGAAACUUUACGAUACAAACAAAAUAAUUGUCCUAUUUGUAGAUCUCCUUUUAGAGCAUUACUUCAGAUGAAAACUUGUCGAGUUAUUGGAAAUGGUAAUUCAAAUGAAGGACAAUGUAAUGGACGAGUUAAAUAUGAAAUUCAAACAUUAAUUGAGUCAUUAAAUGGGAUUAAUUCUAGCAUGAGUCAUAAUAAACAACAUUUGCCCAAAUUAGGUUCAACAUCUGUUGAAAAUGAUAAAGAUAAUGAAAAUAAUAUACUUACUAAUCAUAAUGAACUUAAAAUUUCUUCAACAGAUAAUAAUAGUUGCCGCAAACUACAAGAAGUGUUAAAAGCAAACAAUACAACAGAAGUUAGUGUAAUUGUGGAGGAAGAAGAAAUAGAAUUACAUGAUUUAGAUAAUAACAUAGUUAAAAUAAUAAAGGAAGAAAUUAAUAAAGAAGAUGAAAAUAAAAAUAAAGAAAAAAUUAAAGAUGACAAUUCCAAUGAAUAA